AUGUGGCGUCUCUGUGGAUUCAACCUGCUGCUGCUGCUGCUCCUCUGCGGACGGAGCCAUUCCAUAGAUUCCGAGGAGGAAGAGCCAGACUCCUCCGAUCCCAUUGGAUACAACAAAGAACUCUCCGAUCUGGUCAUCACCACAGCCCUGGGCAAGAUCAGAGGCACCAUCCUGCCCUCCCAGUCGGGGCGCAACUUUUUUGCCUUUCGGGGAAUACCCUACGCCAAGGCACCCGUGGAGCGACUUCGCUUCAGACCCCCCGAGCCCGUGGAGCAGUGGUACGAUGUCUUCGAUGCCACCUUCGAUGGGCCGAAGUGCCCGCAGCCGGGACUCGUGAGCGACGAUGUGAGCGAGGACUGCCUCCGGCUGAAUGUCUACACCAAGGAGCUGCCCAACGAAUCGCAGCCGAAUGUGCGGCGGCCAGUGAUCGUCUUCAUCCACCCGGGGGGCUUCUACUCCCUCUCGGGGCAGAGCAAGAACUUUGCCGGUCCACAGUACUUUAUGGACCGCAGCCUCGUCCUCGUUACGUUCAACUACCGCCUGGGGUCGCUGGGAUUCCUGGCCACCGGCACGAAGGAGGCGCCCGGCAAUAUGGGCCUCAAGGAUCAGGUGCAGCUGCUCCGUUGGAUCAAGCUGCACAUCUCCCGCUUCGGCGGGGAUCCCAAUGCGGUCACUCUUUUGGGCUACGGUGCCGGCGCCAUGGCUGUGACCCUGCACAUGGUGUCGCCCAUGUCGCGAGGCCUCUUCCAUCGGGCGAUCGUGAUGAGUGGCGCCGUCACAGGGCAGUGGACGCUGCCCGAGCACCAGAUGGAGGUGGCCAUGAGGCAGGCGACGCUUUUGAGCUGCCACACGGACAACACCACGGAGAUGAUUGACUGCAUGCGAGGGAAACACUAUCUGGAGUACGCGAAUAGCCUGCCGCGAAUGUUCGACUUUGGGCGGAAUAAUCCGCUGAUUCUGUGGAAGCCCGUGGUGGAGCCGGACUUUGGGCAGGAGCGCUUCCUCGUGGAGAGUCCUGUGCAGAGCUACCAGAACGAUGACUUCAUGAAGGUGCCCAUCAUAACGGGCAUGACCAAGGAUGAGUUUGUGGGUCCCGCCCUAUCAAUCCUUCAAAGUCCUUCCCUGCUGAGCACUCUCAAUGCGAACUUCGAGACCCUGGCCCCCAUUUUCUUCCUGUUUAACGAGAGCGAUCCUCGGGCGGGGAACAUCAGCCAGGAGCUGCGGGAGCACUACUUCCAGCAGGAGCCCAUCGAUGCCAAUCGCUCUCUGGCGGCCCUCUCCUCCCUCUACUCGGAUGCUCUCACGGGAUUCGGGAUCCAUCGAUUCGUGCAUUUGGCUGCGAGGUCCACGAAGGUCUACUACUACCGAUUCGCGUAUCAGGGGGGUAGGAGCCACAUCUACUAUCCGGAGGAUGCCCCCUACGGGGUGGUGCACCACGACGACCUCAUGUAUCUGUUUGUGGAGCCAUCGAUCAGCCGCAUGUUCACCGAGGAUGACGACGAGUUCCGAAUGGUGGACGUAAUGGUCAGAAUGUUCUCGGCCUUUGCCUACAAGGGGGACCCCAAUAAACCCACGGAUGCUGCUCUGCGGGACAUCCGCUGGCGUCCCUUUAGCUUCAAGAAACGCUACUAUCUGGACAUUGGCGAUGAGCUCAUCCUACAGGAGAAUCUCAAUUCAGAGAGGUAUGAGAUAUGGAAGCGUCUCUUUCCCUUGAAUUGGCGUCGCCAAACAAAGGAUUUCUUUCUCUGAAUAUGAUUUGUCUCCUACUGUACUUGAAAUACAUGCCACUUGGCCUUCA